UCCAACGGGGUAGCAGAUGGUGAACAUGCCGAGAAAGAAAGUGAACUCGCAGAAGAGAAGUCACACGAGCAAUCUGUUGAUGAAAGUAACCGUUCAGACACAAGAACUUCUGCCAAAGACGGGGACGAAGCGGUGGCUGCCGAGAGCUCUGACUCUGAGGUUCAUGAAGACAACGAUGCUGACGUUUCUGUAGAGGAAAACGAAGGUUCCGAGGUGGAAGAAAAGGAUGAUCAAGUGGAAAACGAGAAGGCCUCCUCUGAUGAAGAAAAACUUGAAAAAGAUCAGCCGAAAUGCCAGAAGCCCUCGGCAAAUGACGACUUAAAAGAUAAUGAACACGAAGAAUCUGUCUCUGAGGAAGAUUCGGAUGCAGUUGGUAGCGACGAUGCCAAAGAAAUAGAAAGGGAACACGCCAAAACCGGUAAUAAAGCUAAUAGUACUGCAACUACUGUUAAGCAGAAGAAAACUGAAGAAACUGAACAAAACGAUGAGGAUGCUGGAAGUGCAGAUGAGGGGAACCAAGAUAAAGCGAGCGAAGAUGCUGAAGACGUGAAGAACUUGAAAAUUUUGGAUGCCGAACGUGAAAGCGAGAACAGUGUGGAGGAAGUGGAAGACGUUGAAGAUGCUGAGGACUUGGAAGAUGUUGAGGAUAUGGAGGAUGAAAAGUCAGCUUAUAAGUGA